AUGCGAUCAAAAAUAAACAAUCCUUAUGGCAUUUACAGAAGUGAAAAUCGUUCUAAAAAGUUGAGAGCAGCAAGAAACGCUCGUUAUCGAGAUAAUUAUCUGUCUUCGCAAAUCGACCCAAUGUUUAUUAAGAAGAAGGGGCUCCAGCAAGAAUUAUUAACACAAACGACAUUCGAACAAUUAAGCUCAAUUCAAAAUUCAUACGCGCAUACAAAUGAACUAGAACAACAUCACGAGAAUGCUUUAGCCGAACCAUUAUCAACAACUCAAAGGCAAUUUAAUCACGAAUUGAGACAAGCAGAUGUGAAUGGUUUAGAUGAAGAAUUAUCCAUAAAUACUUGUGAGCUUGUUAAUAUAAUAGAUGAUGAUGAUGAAUUAAAAAUGGAUGAAGAUGUUUAUGAUAAGUUACAUUCAGAUGAAGAUGUGAAUGAAAUCGAAAUCUAUUCUUAUGAUGAAAUGAAUGUCAGCUUUUUGGAAGGUAAAGAUGAUUUUGGGAAUGAAACAGAUUUAAACGAUAAAUACGAGGAAAAAACAUUAUCCAUUCGUGAUAUUUCUGUUAUUUUAUGUUUGAUAAAACGUCGACAUAAAUGUACAAAUCAACUGAUUGUCGAUAUUCUUAAGUUAUUAAAUAAAGUUGUUCCGAAUAGUUCCAUUAUUCCGAAAUCUAUUUACGAUAUUCGAAAAUUACUAAAUUUAAAUGUAGAUCAAGCGAAAAAAGAUGAAAGAUCAUCCCAAACAAUUUAUAUAUGUCAAUUAUGUGAAACAGUUCAAUUAUCAAACAGUAAAUGUUCAAAUGCAUCAUGUAACAUCGGAGAGAAUUACUUGCGAUCACCUUAUGUCUAUACAUGGUUCAACGUUCGAGAGCAACUGGAGCAGAUAAUUGAAAGAGAGAAAAAUAUGAUGUGUACAUCAGGUACGGAUACAAUUAUGUCAUCAAGAGUGUUAAAAAAUAUUGUCGAUGGUCGUUUAUACAAACAUAUGAUACAUAAUGAAAAGUUAGACAAUAAUACAAAAUUAUUUACUUUAUCUUUGUCUACCGAUGGUGUUCAACUUGCAUCAAAUUCAUCUAAAUCAUUGUGGUUAAUUACUAUGACAAUAAAUGAAAUAGAUGUUAAACAUAGAUUUUUAUUGAAUAAUGUUAUAAUUGGCGGUAUUAAUUCUUGUUUCAGGAAACCAACACGAAAUAUUAUGAGUUUGAUGAUGAAACCGAUUGUGCAACAGUUACAACUUUUAGAACAAGGUGGAGUAUGCGAAAUACAAGGUGAGAUGCACAUAUACAAAGGUUUUCUAAUUGGCUGUAUCAACGAUAAACCAGCUAAUUCGCUAGUUCAGAAUAUACCUGAACCUAACGCUGAGUUUGGAUGCUCGAAAUGCGAAAUUCAAGGAAUAACAGCACCUUCUAAUUCGAUUUUAGCAAGAAACACAAAGAAAACUGGAGGUGAUAUAAAGAGUAAUAAAAUAAAUUAUAUUAGGGUAUUUCCAACGUCUUUCAAAGACACUCCAGUUCGACUACGUUCAAGUGAAAACUACAAGCAAACUGUGCGUGAGCUUGAAUUAAAAUUAUUAAUUAGCCCCAAUUUAUCUACCCAGGAACGAUAUAAAUUUAAAAAAGGUUAUCUAGGACCCUGCAGCUUAGAUCGCUUAUCUUAUUUUGAUCUGGGCCAAGGUUUUCUUUCUGAUACUCUACAUACUGUCUACGGUGGCGCAAUGAAACGUUUGCUGACUAUUUUCUUUGAACGAAGAUUUUGUACAAAUGAAAAACAAUGGACCAUUCAAUCAGAUAUUGACAGAAUUAAUAAACGUAUACAACAAUAUAUAACACCAUCAUCAACGAUCCGUCUUCCUAGACAUAUUAGUUUAUACAGUCGCUACAAAGCAAGCGAAUAUCGUGCCAUUCUAUUAAUUUACUAUAGGAUAUUCGAAAAUAUCUUACCCGAUAUUUACUAUUCUCAUUUUAAACAAUUGGUCUUCGCUAUGCAUAUUGGAGAAAAUCAACAAAUAACCAAAAGCAAAUUAGAGGAGAUGCAUAUACUUCUGCAACAUUAUGUUCACGAAUUUAAAACAUUAUAUGGUAUGAGGCAUAUUGUGAAUAAUAUUCAUUCAUUAAUUCACUUAGCUGAAACAGUAACAAGUAUAUUAUCAUUUCUGAAAAUAAGAUCUGAUUAUUCUGUCUAUGUUAUAGGUGGAAUCACAUCAACAGUUAAUGGAACGAAAAAUCAAGAAAAAGAAAUAUAUAACAAUCUUCAAAUGUUGAAAGAAUCGUGCUAUUUAGCAACUAUUAGUGAGAGUUCGUUGUUAUAUGAACUGAUGAUUCAAAAUUUAGGUAUUAAAUAUAAUAUGGAAAAGAAUAAAGAUAAUCGAUGCAGAUUAAACAAAAUUAUCGCUGAAGUAGAACAAGAACAAAGCUAUUCAGAUUUCGAUAGAUCGAAAAUUAAUUUUACGAAGUCAUUUAGUCGCUGUGUCUAUAAUAACGUUAAAUAUGAUUCUUAUAAUAUUAAUAAAAAGGAUUGUGCCAUACUUUAUCGUGAUAUUGACAAUAACAGAUUACAAUAUGCACUUAUCGACAAGUUUAUAAAAAACGAAACCGAUGAAAAUCCAGUAUUUUUUCAAGUCUUUGAUCUUAUCAAUUGGCAUUAUGAUUUUAUCUAUGUUGAAACAAUGAAAUUCGAAUGUGAAAAUGUUUUAAUUGGUGAAUUAAAUAAUUGUUCAAAACAGAUUAGUCCUUCAACUAUAGUUGAAAAGGUUUUUUCAUGUAGCAAUUCUAAUGAAAUUACAUUUAUUCGAUUGCCAAAUCUAACUGAAAGUAGUUAA